UGCGGCUGCGCAAUAUCAUUCGAAAACUUGCACGGUGAGCGACGCCGUGGAGGAGAAAGACAACGCAGCGAACAAAACACACAAUGGCGACGGCGGCGACAACGGCAGGCGGAACGGGCUCAGGCGGACCGGCCACUGGCCCGGUCGGCGGCGGGACCGCAGUGGGACGAAAGAAGGACGGUGGUCCUUCAACGAAAUUCUGGGAAAGUUCAGAGACGAUUUCCCAGUUCGAGACGGUGCGGCAGUGGAUCGGAAAGCACUACAAGAAGUAUGUCCAGAAUGACUCCCCCUCCAGUAAAUCCUUGGCGGGCCUGGUGGUCCAGCUGCUGCAGUUCCAGGAGGAUGCAUUUGGACGCAGGGUCAACAAUCCUGCCCUUACCAAGCUACCUGCCAAGUGUUUCCUGGAUUUCAAGGCAGGAGGUGCUCUCUGUCACAUCUUGGGUUCGGUCUACAAGUUUAAGAGCGAGCAGGGGUGGCGUAGAUUUGACCUGCAGAAUCCUUCCCGGAUGGACAGGAACGUGGAAAUGUUCUUAAAUGUAGAGAAGAACUUGGUCCAGAACAACUGCUUGACUCGACCCACUGUCUUCCUGUCACCGGACAUUGAGCAGAAACAAGCCAGUAAGCUCAAAGACAUCAUCAAAAGGCACCAGGGCUCCAUUACUGAUGACAAGUCAAAGGCCACCCACCACAUCUACCCCUCUCCAGCCCAACAUGAAGAAGAGGAAUGGCUUCGCCCUGUCAUGAAGAAAGACAAGCAGGUGCUGGUUCACUGGGGUGUGUCCCCAGACAGCUAUGAUACCUGGGUGUCAGCCAGCGAGGUGGAUGGGGACGUGGAGGACCCCCCCAACACUGACAGACCAUGGAAGGUCCAUGCCAAGUGGGUUUUAGACACCGAUGCCUUCAAUGAGUGGAUGAAUGAAGAGGACUAUGAGGUAGAUGAGAACAAGAAGCCAGUCAGCUUCCGCCAAAGGAUCUUCCCCAAAGAGGAGGAGUCUUCCCGUACACCCGAUCGCAAGGAGCGCAAGGCCAACUCUGCCAGCAAGAAGAGGAGGCGCUCGCCCUCGCCGCCCAGCACUCCUGCCGAGUCCCGCAAGAAGGGAGGAAAGAAGGGGAACCCGGGGCCUCACUGGAAGCAACGGCGGGGCCACAGAGGUGAAGAGGAGGACACGGAGGAGGACGUAACAAAGGACAUGGACGACUCCUCAGCUGGUGCCAGCAUGGAGGAGGGCAACAUGUCCAAGAAUGCGAAUUCAAAGAAAGACAGUGAGAAUACUCCAGUGAAAGGAGGGAAUGGGGCCGACUUGGAUGACAUGGAGGACGACUCUGUGCUGUCCGGUGGAAAGGAUGAUGAGGAACAGAGCAAAGCUGAAAUCAACCGACUGAUGGACGCUAGCGAGGACAAUGUGACUGAACAGACUCACCACAUCAUCAUACCCAGCUACGGAGCUUGGUUUGACUACAACUGCAUCCAUGAGAUUGAGAGAAGAGCCCUGCCUGAGUUCUUCAAUGGAAAGAACAAGUCCAAAACUCCAGAGAUAUACCUGGCCUAUCGCAACUUCAUGAUCGACACGUAUCGGCUAAACCCUCAGGAGUACCUCACCUCCACCUCCUGUCGCCGGAACUUGACCGGGGAUGUCUGUGCCAUAAUGAGGGUUCAUGCAUUUUUGGAGCAGUGGGGUUUGGUAAACUACCAGGUCGACUCUGAGAGUCGCCCUUUGCCCAUGGGCCCCCCACCCACACCCCACUUCACCGUGCUGGCUGACACACCAUCUGGCCUCAUGCCCCUGAACCACAGACCCCCACCGAUUCCCCCUCAACAGCCAAUGCCCAACUUCGCCGACAAAGGCAAAGACAAGGCCAUCGACCUGCAGAACUUCGGCCUUCGCAGCGACCUCUACAACAAGAAAAAUCUCAAGGGUAAAGCUGCCAACUCUACCAGGGAUUGGACCGAGCAGGAGACUCUACUGCUGCUGGAGGCCCUGGAGAUGUUCAAAGACGACUGGAACAAAGUGUCUGAGCACAUCGGUUCACGCACCCAGGACGAGUGUAUCCUGCAUUUCUUGCGGCUGCCCAUUGAGGAUCCGUACAUGGAGAGCACUGAAGCCUCCCUGGGCCCUCUGGCCUACCAGCCCAUACCCUUCAGCCAGUCUGGAAACCCCGUCAUGAGCACAGUAGCCUUCCUGGCCUCUGUGGUCGAUCCCAGAGUGGCGUCUGCUGCUGCCAGGGCAGCCCUAGAGGAGUUCUCCCGUGUCCGUGAGGAGGUGCCGGCUGAGUUGGUGGAGGCUCACGUGAAGAAGGUGCAGGAGGCAGCCAGGAGCACAGGAAAGGUGGACCCUGCCUUUGGCCUGGAGAGCAGUGGCAUCGCUGGCACUGCUCCUGAGGAACCAGAAAAGACCGAAACCCCAGAGGCAGAGAAGAUAGACACAGACACCGACUCCCAGCAGGCUGAUAAGGCGGAGUUAAAGGACGAGGCAGAGAAGCCCAGCGAGUCUGCGGAGAAGAGCGACAAGACAGAGGCCACAGAAAAAGUGAAGGAGGGAUCCGAGGCGUCGGAGCGAGAUGAGGAGAGUGAAGAGGGAGGGGAGGCCAAAACAGCUUCAGACAAAGACAAAGAGGAGGCUAUGGAGACGUCGUCCUCAGAACAGGAGAAGGAUAAGGAGGAGAAGGCAGCUAUAGAGGAGGGAGAUGAAAAGAGGAAGAAACUGGAGCAUGACAUUGGAGAGGGGAACAUUGCCACCGCAGCUGCUGCUGCCCUGGCAUCUGCUGCCACCAAGGCCAAGCACUUGGCGGCGGUGGAGGAGAGGAAGAUCAAGUCCCUGGUGGCUCUGCUGGUGGAGACCCAGAUGAAGAAGUUGGAGAUCAAGCUGAGGCACUUUGAGGAGCUUGAGACCAUCAUGGACCGAGAGAAAGAGGCUUUGGAGCUUCAGCGACAGCAGCUGCUCACUGAGCGACAGGCGUUCCACAUGGAGCAGCUCAAAUAUGCCGAGAUGAAGGCGAGGCAGCAGAUGGAGCAGCAAGCCGCCGCCGCGGCUGCUGCUGCUGCCCAGGCUCAAGGACCGGGGCAGGCUCCUGGAUCUGGACCCAACUCGGGGCCCCCUCCAUCAGGCAUGCACCCAGGAGGGCCCCCGCCACACCACGGUGCGCCAGUGCCCUACCACGGAGGACCUCCACCCGGUGCUGCCAUGCACCCAGGCUACCCUCCGAUGGGUCACCACCCCAUGGCCCCUCACCACCCAGGACAGACAGGACCAAUGGGACCAGGCCAGCCCAUACCGGGACGUAUGAUGCCUGGCCCACCUUCUGCCGCCCCCCCUCCUGGCGGCAUGCCUCCUAUGAUGCCCCCACGUCACCCUGGAGCACCCAAUGGCAUGUACCCCGGCCCACAACCUGCACAGCCUGAAGCGGUACCUCAAGUUCCUGUGGGUCCUCCAGCGCCCGCGAGUGGCAGAGUGGCUGAAAACUAAGACCUACAUUCACACACACACAAAAAACACAAAAAGCACACACACACACACACACACACACACACACACAGACACACAAAACUAUCUAUCUCUGAACCCCUUUUUGAUGGCCUUUGCUACUGGCUCGGUAUAUUUCCCUCAACACUCAAAACUACCAUCAACUUUAUCACAGGUCACACACACCCACAUACACACUCAGGGUCUCUCAGUGGCAAGGGUAACCCAAUGAUCCACACACACAUCCAGACUUCCUCUCAGGGCACAGCGCAAGGGUCGUCAUAGUAAUAAACACUGUUUCCUGCUCUGUUGGGCCAGAUGGAGGUUGGAGAGAAUGGACUGUGUAUGAAAAACAAAACCAGGAGAGAGAACGAUUUUAAAAAACAAAACAAAAAAAAACUGUCUUUCUUACCUUUUUUUUUUUUUUUUUCAAUGCUGUUUUAAUGACACUCUAAUCUCCCAUCUCUCUUUAAAACACACACCUCCUUAUGUCUGGUGCCCCCUUUUGCAAGCCAAACACUAGGGGGAGCUAGUGAGAGCAGAAGGCCAGUCAGACAUGCAGGGGUGUGAGUGUGUGCUGAGCGACCUCGGCUGUAACACACACACACACACACACACGUUAUUCAGAUUAUGAUAUGACUAAAUCACACACACACACACACACACACACAGGGGACCCAGCCUGCCCUCGCUCUUGUCUUGUUGAGUAUCUACCUCUCGCCCCUCUUUAAAUGAUACACUGUAGUUCUGUGUGUGGGUGUGUGUCUGUGAAAGUGUUUCAUGGCCCUUCACACGUCUGCCACCUCUGACCAAAGUUUGUGCCACUUGUGUAAUCUUUGCUUUUCCAUUUGAGACUUUUGCAAUAAUGAGUUGAGAUACAGACAUAAGAUGCUCUUUGGUCAAAAAGGUGGUGGUUUGGUUUUUAAACUGUUUGACAAGAUACGUCUCUGUUCCCAUUCCAAACCAAACCAAGAUGGCGACUGGAAAGUUUUUUUGUCACAACAGGGUGGAGUUUGAAGGUGAUCUGCCAAAACGCGUCAAUUCUCAACAGCGUCUACUUUUUGGCUUUCUUGGCUGACUUCAAAAGGAUAUGAUUGGCUUUAUUGGGUUUGUCAACAAAUCCCAUGGAAAGUCCAAAACAAACAAUGCAUUAGUCCGACUCUGAUUACUUUCUGACUUCCCUACUCAGUCUGUAGCUCUCAACCCCAUGCCCAUUGGUUCCUACUGAAGGCUCGGCAGUUUCCUAAACAGCUUGCCACUGUAGUUUUUAGCAAAUCCUACUCAAACGGGAGUAAACAAAGGCUUCGUUGGGGACCAUUUUUAGCAGUGGAUUAAUCAACAUUUGUUGCUCUAAUGUUGAAUUUGCUCAAAAUAAAUGUGUUUGUGGGAAACAAGGAACAUGUCAGCCAGUGCAAAAAUCUGGCCCAUCCAUGUGUUUAAAUAGUUUUUGGACAACAAUGGAUUUCUAUGGCACAGAGGAACCAAUUCAUGGCUGCUUUUGGUUCUGAUAAAACAGUUUGGCUCGAUGAGUCACCACCUAGGUACAGUUAAUAAAUGGAUCAUUGGAGCCCUGCAGUGUGCGAGCUAUUUAUUUCUGUUACUUCAUACAUUUUUGCUCACUUUACGGCUCAGCACCUGUCUUCCUUGGUUUGGAUGUGCGCGCAUAGUCCUGUUGGUUUUGGUUCCUUGACUGGAUUUGUUGACUAUAAGGAAAAUGUACCGUAUCACCAGACGUAUCUUUUAAACAUUAAAGCAAAAGUCUCAGAUCUGAUUACUUGCGAGACACAAGCCGAUGCUCAGUCAGACCAUUAGAGGACAGAUGGAUAAACACACAAUCGUUCUCUCUGCCCCACACUAACCACAGUACUGUAACACACACACACACACACACACACACACACACACACACACACAGAUAUAAAUGUAAGCUAAGCUGAUGCUCACACUGGAGGCUGCAUGCAAACACUUGAUGACUUGGCCGGACCCUGCCCGCAACGCACUGGACAACCACACACACAGAUACAUGAACACACACACAUACAUCUAAUCUCCUGCUGACCUUCCCACAGCCUUUACAGAGAGGGAGACGCUGUGAUGCGGCUCGACUGAGACAUCAGAACAUGAAUGACGCUCUUCCUCAGCGCGGUGGGCUUCUAGAUGUUUUUAGGUGCUGAUGAUACUGUAGCGAAUAAACCCCGCCACCCUCCUCCUCUUCCCCUGCUCACGCCUAGUGCUGCCUACCUCGCUAGCCCCGCCUCACACACAAAAACUGUUUUGCUUUUAUGGCCACCAGCCACGGGAAAACUAAAGCAAUAUCCUCAUUCCUGUGUAUCAACCUAUUUGUGGUCGGCACACUGAGAAAUACGGCUCUGCCGUCGAGAAGCAAUCAUGAUUUCACAAUUUGGUCCUCAAAUUCUGUCCUGUGGUGUCGUAGUAUAUAAAAAGCUGCGUAAACAAGGGGAACAACCACCCAACAUUUAUUUAUAGAGCUGAAAUUACAGGCAAUCGAUUAGUCAAUCCACAGGAAAUUAAUGGAGAACAAGUUUGAGAUUUGUCCUUUUUCAAGCAAAAAGAACUAAACAUUCUCUGGUUCCAGCUUUUCAGAUGUGAAUUUUUUGUGAUUUUCUUUGUCUUACAUGAUGAUUAAUUGAAUAUCUAUGGACAUAUAAUAGACAUCACCUUGGGCUUCAGGAGUUUGUAAGAGGUGCAUUUUUACCAUCUCCUGACAUUUUAUUGACUGAAAUAAUCUGCCCUGUUCUUUUCAUUAUCAAUUAAUUGUUUAAUCCUGAGAUUUAAAGCUGUACUCAGCAGAUAUUUGGUAAUUUUGCUUGGUAAUCGGUUACCUAGAUUUCCUGUUGGCUAAUUGAUUAAUGCGAUUGAAAAUUCAUUCUUGACCCCUUACAAGAAGCAGUCUCAUUCUUAUUAUUGUAUCACACAAUAUUCCUCAGCAGUUGUUACGAUGUUGUAGAUGUUCAAAUUUCCGUUGUUUUCUGCGCACGACUUUGUGCAUUUUGGCUUAAAAGUUUAGACUGAAAGUUCCUUCUCAACCUCGGACUCCGCAGUGGGCUCAACAAUCUCGCCAGAAGAUCAAUUUGUAGCCGUUGAGCAGCUUUUGGUCGUAUUACAAUCUUCAUCGGCAGAUGAGGUUGCCCAGUUGUCGUGGAAAUCCCUAAAAUACUCAAAAUAGAUUUGGACAGCUACAAUUCCACGACAAGUGCUUGAGGAAUACCAUGUAUUGCAAUCAAAAGCUCUAGAACCGCUAAUAAAUGACCACGCGACGAGAUUGUUUAGCCAACUAAUCGAUUGUUUUCAGCCCUACACGAAUAUAAAAGAAACGGUGACGUAGCUUUCUACAUUUUCCAUUUAAGUCUUUGAGUUAACCGUGCGUGUUGGCUUGAAAUAAAGGUAAACUAAUACUGACAAUAGGAAAACGAGUAAGCUAAACUCGAGUGGCUCCUGCUCACUCUACAAAAUUCCUCAGAAAGUGAACGGAUAUGGGGCGCUGCAUCACUCUUCGGUCCACACACAGGUUGAUAAUAAGCUCAAAGGUUUUUUUUAAUGUGAAGUUUUAACUGAAAUUACUCCUCUCGCCCGUUCGCUAGCACUCUCUGCUACCUCUUCCUCGUCCAUCCGCUAGCUACCUCUUCUAGAAAUCUUCUUCUCGCUAUCUGCUACCUCUCUGCGCACCCCUUUGCUACCUCUCGUUCCCAUUUCCUUUUCUUUUUAUGCCCACGUGACUGCUUCAUCACUGAUUGUUGCCCUCUUCUACCAGUCUGAUGGAAGAAGAAAACCCACGUACAGUCGUUCACUCUUGCUCUCGUUCACCGCGCCCUCCUUUCCCAUUCAACAUCUUUUACAGGCUUGUUACAUAAUAUCACUUAAAUAUGACGGGAAUCCCCUUCACAUAUAUUAUCUUUAAUCGAUACUUUUUUGUGUUGAUGGUAUGUAUUUUUAAGGAGACGUUUUGUGUAGAUGGAAGUUAUGUUAUUUGAAAGUUUGUAGCAUUUUGUUUUUUCUUUUGUAUGGGGGUCUGUUGGUACUUGGACCUAGACACUGUCAAAUAAACUGUUUUGUAUGAG